GUCGAAAACAUGCGCUGUUGCGUAGCCAUAAGCCCACGCCUACUCUUUUCUUUAUGGAAAGGUAAAAGCGCAAAAGUACUGGAGUAACAGCGUCCAUCUAAACGAAAAAAACACAAACUGCAGGAGGAAGAAGAAGUUCAUAAAAAAUAAAGAAAUGGCCGUCAGCGGGUGUGGUCAGCUGUGCAAAUGUGUCCUCAUAAUUUUCAACAUCCUGUUUGGGCUGCUGGGGAUAGCAAUGUUGGGACUGGGUUUGUGGCUGAGAUUCAGCUCCAGUACUGGAGGAUUGUUCGACAUUGAACUCAACACAAAACAAUUUGUCAUCGGGGUGACAGUGUUGAUUUUGAUUGGAGUAGUGAUGCUGAUCAUUUCUGCAUUUGGGGACUAUGGAGCCUGCAAUGAGAACAAGACUGCUCUGAGAGUGUUUUACUACACUGUGGGCCUCCUGGCUAUUGCAGUGAUCGUCGCUGGAAUCCUGGCCUAUUUUUACGGCAAAGAGUUUGGCGAUGAGGCAUCUUCCUUUUAUAUGACUGUGUAUGCAAAAUACAUCAACAAAGAGGAUGCUGGCCUGUCCGUCACACUGGGAAUCUUCCACAAUGCGUUUAAGUGCUGCGGUAUUGGGGGAGUUUUGGAGCCCUUUGUGCGAGAAACAUGUCCCAGCACCAGAGGCAUCAAAGAAUCCCUCACAAUGCCCGGCUGUCCAAAGAUGAUUGGAAAAGUAUUCAAGACCAAAGCGCCAGUGGUUUUAGGGGUGUUUAUUGGAAUAGGAGCUCUGAUGUUCAUUACCAUGGCGUGCUGCAAAGUUCUGAUUAAACACGUUAGAAAGUAUGAAGCGACUCCCAACUACUACAAAUAACUCCAUGCUCCCAACAAGAAAACCAGCAUCAGGAUCUUCUUCGCAACCCUCAGGGUUAACUGUGGAAGUGGCACAUGCAUGCCAUAUUCUCUAAACUUUACAUUCUACCAACAAAGAUGGAAAAUAAAUGCUUUGUUCAAUCAGCUACAUUUUAAGCUUGAUUUUAAUAAUAAAUGUUUAAACUGUUACAUUAUAUUACAGUAUUGCGUAAAUUAUAACCAAUGGAGCAAGUAAUAUUGCUGCACAUGCACAAACAUACUUUCUCUUAAAAUCUCAGUGCUUUCUCAAUAUUCCACAGGAUAUUUAAAUAUCAGUUUUUGUUCUAAAUCCCAGUCAGGUUUAAUAAAACAAGUUUAAGACAGUGACACAUUCAUGAACUGGUGCCAGACCACAAUUCGUUAUACUCAUGUUUAAAAGUGGCUAGUGUACUUCUGGUUUGGAAUCAAGGCAUGGGGCUAAUUCCAAUCUCUUAUUUUUCUCCUCUAAUCUUUUACUGUUAUCUUCCUGGCCCGGAAAUCAAUAAAGGUUUGUCAUGUUUAAGGACAUUUCAAUACGUUAAGUGGUCCUUCUCAGAGCUAUAUGUAAAAGUUAAGUCUCAAACUUUUUUUUUUCUUGUGAGGAAACACAAGCUCUUGUUUUUUCCUAAAGCGUGAUGUAUACAUAAUCGACCUGAGUCCACCUCUCCGCAUCUGCCAUGUAUCGGCCACAUCUGCAACUGACGUGGCUUUGAACUGACGUUUGAAGGAGCAAGGACAUUCCAUUUGCCUAAUUCACGUCUUUUACUUUUUUCUUUCAUCUUGUCCUAGCCUCUCCUUGCGUGAAGCUAGGGCCAAGAAAAGGAGAAACGAAAAAAAAUUAGGAAUUGGAAUGGAUGUGUCAAAUUGUCAUAUUUGAAUCGUCUGCCUGGUCUGCCACCCAGAACCAUAUCAAACAUAAACCAAAUUGGCAUGGUGCACUGAGUUGGUCUACUCAUGGUACAUCAUCAAGAGUUGGCAAGCACUGUUCUCAGGUACGAGAGAGACACCCUACUAUAAGAUUGCAUUGCUUGUUUGUUGGAGGUGUUUUCAUACAGGAGCUUUUCUUCUGUAUAUUCUGUAUUUUAAACAAGGUGUAAGGGAGUAGAUGAUGCAAACAUUUUCUGAAUGUGGUAUUACUUGUUUUUACUUUUUACUACUUUGUUGCAUUUCUUUUUUUAUCUUGUUUUUAUUUUCUUUCGGUUAAAUAAAGCUUAAAGCGUG